AUGUCCACCAGUAUUCCCAAUGAAAGUUUAAGUGCAACUACAAUAUCGAGAAGGGAAAAGGCCGAACGAGUGAAGGUUCAAAGAAAGAAAACCCAGGAGAGAAGGGAACUCCAGAUAAAAGUUUUGCAAGAUAUCGGGAUUGAGAGUUCAACAGCCUGCCUAAACUGUCAAUCAAAAAAUAUCGUGUGUAUUGUAUUCCCUGUCGGGUACAAGUUCGAGUCUGCGAGGCAUGAACGCCGGCGCUUAACAAAACGUAGCCACAACAGAUGUGAAAUUUUCGAAGGUCCAAAAGAUGUCCCACCGGAAGCUCCGAAAAGAGGUGAAGUCAAACGACACCUCUUUGCUGCUCACACAAAAGAGUGGUAUAACAGCUUACCGAAGAAGGAUCAGAUGAAAUAUAAGGCAGAGCAGAUACAAGCAACAGGCAAUCCAAAAACUAAUGGACCUUGCCAGCGCUGUGUCACACGCCGAUUUCCCUGCAGAGUAUUGAACUUUAAUUCCAAGAUUGCAGAGUUUACUCAGCCGAGCAGAUGCGCGUUGUGCCUUGUAGACAGCGCAGUGCAUCCAAAUGCUACUAGCAGAUGUUGCACGCUCAAUUCAGACAAAAUCACCCAUGCCGAGCACGAGGCAGACAUUGCAUUUGGGAAAACGAAUCCACUUCUGAACUGGGGUCCUCAUGGUCUCGAAAUGACCUCGUCGGCACAAACAAAAUCUGCCCAGAUUUCAUCGGCUUCGAAUCUGAAUAUAUUGAACGACUCUUUUUCACCUGCUUCUUCAGGAAUGGAAGAUAGAAGGAUCCUACGUAGUCCACUUUUGUCCGAUGAAGUACAAACCCGACUGAAUACCAUUUAUCACCUGAUCGACUACACAUUAAACAUGCUUGGUGGUGAGGGUUUUAUACAUGAUGACUGUUUUCCCUUUUCUAGGUCCAACAUUGCAAAGUUAGACGACCACCAUCGGACCUCUAGAGGAGGCAUGACAGCAGUUUCACUCCUUCAAAAUACCUUCAAGCUGACGACUUUGAACGAUAUUCCUAAUCAUUUCCAAUCGUCAUGCCUCGACAAAUUGAGUAUCAGAACAGUACUUCGAGCAGUGGUAUCGCGAUAUUUGCUGGAACCUGUAUUUUUGAGCAUGCCAGAUGUGAUAAAAAGGUACCGAGCUAGUUUACAUCACACGCAGGUAUCUCCUGAGCAGAUUGACGAUGCAGUUGAGAAUCUGUUCUGUCUUCAGAACAACAGCAGCACACUUUUUGUCGAAAAUCGAAAUAGGAACAGGCGUGGAGACCUAUACUUCACAAAUGACAAUUUUAUCUUCAAGCAAAUGGGUGAAGAGUUGGUUGACAUUAUUUUACCCCUCGUUCUUCUCUGUGGGAAGUCUCGACAAGAAAUUGUGGAUGCUUGUAAAUCACCCUGUGUUGAUAUUGUUUAUCGGGCAAGCGAGUUGAACCUCAUUAUCAAAGCCAGACCUAAUUCCCCAGUCACAAUCUACAGUCCUGUACGGGGGGAGAUGGUUUCUCCGAAUAAUGCCCGUCUACUCCAGAAUAUCCAAGGCGGUCGCGAAAAGCACGGCGAGAUACAGAUGACGCUGAUGCUCGGAAUCAUCGGACAUACUGACAAUGCUGCAGUGAGCCCGGCUCUUUAUGUUGCUGCACGAGUAGAGCUUCUAAAAAGAGAGAAAGUACCGCUCGAGGCCGCAGAUAUUCGCACGACAGAUGGCUUGGAGGCUUGA